UAAACAUUAUUAUCAGCGUUUGUUUAUGAAUUUCAUCUAUUUGAAAACUAUUUCCACUUAAGUGAUCCAAAAAGAAAAACGAAAAAAGAAAUCCUUUUUGUUCCUGUUCGAUUGAAAUGAUGAGUUCUCCAACAACAUCAAUUUCUCGGCCACCGUUGCCACCACCACCACCUCCACCUCCGCCAUCAUCAUCAUCACAACAAUCAAAUUCGAUGAUCAAUAAUAAUCAUUGUGAUAUAACAUCAUCAACAACAAUCAUCACUAAUAAUAAUAAUAAUAAUAAUAAUAAUUUACAAUAUUCACCAUCAAGACGUUCAAGAACAAUGUUAUUGUCGAAUAAUGGUACAUCAUCGACGACAACAACAACAACAAUGGUAACAACAACAACAACAACAACAAAUUUAAAUGGAAAAUUAUCAUCAUCAUUAUCAGCAGAAGAUGAUGUACUUGGUCAAAUUACUAAAGAGGCUGAAGCAAGAUUGGCUGCACGUCGUCGUGAACGAGCUGAAGCACGUGAAAUUCGUUUACGUGAAAUAGAACGACAACAAAAAGAAAUGGAUGAACAUUCGGAUAAACAUUAUGAAUUAUUGAAUAAUAAUGGUAAUGUUUCGAAUGUUUCGGGUAUUAAUAAUCAAAUCCAAACGAUCAAUAAUAAUAAUAUGGAUCAUAUCGGUAAUAGUUAUCGUAUGCGAACAACUCCAAUUAUUUCACGUGAAAGUCGUACUUCAUCCUAUACAAGUUCACGAAGAAGUAGUCAAGAAUCAUUGGAUAUGAUGUGUGGUGGUACAAACGAUUCUCCUCGUGAGCUUAGACAUUAUGCACAAGAAUUAGAGGAAAAAUUUCGUAAAGCAAUGAUUAAUAAUGCUCAAUUAGAUAAUGAAAAACAAUCAUAUGUUUAUCAAAUUGAUUUAUUUAAAGAUGAAAUGGAAGAAUUGGAAGAAAAUUAUUUAAGGUUACAACGUGAUUUUAAGGAAAAAUCUCGGAAUUAUGAACAACUUAAGCGUGAUAAUGAACGAUUACAAUUUGAUUUUAAAUGCUAUAAAGAAGCAUUAGAAGAAAGAGAACGAUUAAUAAAAGAAGCUGAUCUCGUUAUAAUUCGCAAUAAUGGUAAUCAAAAUGCCAAAAUAUUUCAUAAAAAUAAAUUAUUAUUACAAAAUGGCCAUCCGAAUGGUGAAAAUCAUUCAAUGAUUAAUGGUGAUGUUAAUAAUGAUAAUAAUGAUGAUGAUGAAGAUUUUCCCGUAUUAUUGGCCAAUAAUCUUUCAUUAAUAAGUAAAGAUGCAUCAUUAAUAUUAGAAGAUAUACCGGGUAAAACAUUGGAAAAUAAAUUAAAAAAUUUAAUGCUUGAACAUCGUCAAUUACAAAAUCAAAUUAAUGAAUUAAAAAAUGAAUUAGAUGAUGAACGUAAUCGUGCUUGUUCAAUGAAUGAAGCAUUUGGUAAUAAUUCAUUACAUUUAACAACUGAAAUGCAAGCUGAAAUACAAAGAGAAGCAAAUAAAAUGACAAAUGAUCUCCGUUAUAAAUUAAAAAAAUGUGAACAAGAAAAUGCUACACUAAUUUCGACUGUAAAUCGUUUAGAAAAUCAAUUGAUACGUUGUAAAGCUGACGCUGAUCAAUCGGAAAGAUUAGAAGAAGAAUUAAAAUUGGACAAAAGAAAAGCACAACGUGAACUACGUGAAGCAUUGACCAAAAUUGAAGAAUUAGAAUCGGCAAAUGUUCAUCUACAGAAACGUAUCGAUAAACUUAAAUCAAAUCGUAAUAUAAUUGGUAUUAUUACAAAUGGUGGUAGUAACAAUAAUAAUAAUAAUGGUUCGAAUAUCACUGAUCAGACCAUACCACAACCACAGCCAUCGACAACAGAAUCAUCAUCAUCAUGUGCAUCAUCGGAUAUAUCAUCGACAUUAUGUUCAUCAUCAUCAACAACAACGAAUGACUGAAUGAUUACAAAAAAAUUCAUGUAUUUCGCUCCCAUUACUCCAUACAAUGUGAUAUAUAAUCAACAAAUGAGAAACCGUAAUGACAAUCAAGAC